CAAGCUUCGAAAGAACUUUUUAAAAUCAGCAGCAUCUUGAAAGGUUCACAACUCCAAAUGCGCUUGGACGAAAUUUUACACAACUCGACUGGUCCACCGUCUCACUACUCUGGAACCGAUUGGGUUGACAGUGCUUUGGACAACUUGCCUUUGACCCCUCUGACGAACUCAAACUCGAUGACCCCAGUAGAUGACAGCUUUGAGUUCUUGGACUCAAACGGGCAACGAUGUCGGCGGUUUCCUGCUGGGCCUAAUCGAACUUUGGCCUAUACGACAAUGAGAUCCUCAGUCCACCAAAGCUACGGUCCCAUCGAUGAUCCAGUAGCAGAGGAAGCUCAGCUUCUUGCGGCCCAUCAAUUCCGGAAUAUCUAUGCCAAUCCAAAUCGAUCGUUUCUAACUUCCAGCUCAACCUCAGUCAAUACCAAUCCAUCCGGCGCAACUGUCUCUCCCUCAUUUGGCACGAGAACGGUUCAAUCACACCAUUUGGGCCAUCCGAGCGAGUCGUCUCAUCAGGGAAUUCUGGUCGAGCCUUCUAAUAAUCGGUUCCAUCCUUACCCAUCUGUGGGAACAACCUCGCAAGCCACACCAAAACGUGGUGCCCAGAUGGCAAAUGCGGAGCUAACUCCCCGUGGACCCAGACUGAACAGACCGACUAGGGGGAUCAAUCACAGUACUUCACCGACUGGGUUGUCUACUGUUUUAUUAGACCUGGAUGAUGAGAUUGAUCUUCUUGAGGACCACAGCAGGGCUCCUUUGGACUCUUCCCGACAAUCACCUCAAGGCUCUCCGGUCCCCGAAAAUGAAGAAGCAUUGGCAACAUUGCCGGUUAAUCGGACCAUUAUGAUCGAUUUCCAUUUUCACUUGCCCGUCCGCGAGGAGGCAACCACGGCUCGCAAGAAGAAAACCGACGUCCCGAAAACACGAGUGUAUAAAUCCGAGGCCGGUAAGGUCACCAUUUGCUGGGAUGUCUCAAACACCGAUCUGUUAUCUUUCAAAUCGGCUGUCAUCACCGCCAUCGUCACCGAAGCGGGCAGAAGCCUGGCGGGUUUUUUGGAGCGGAGCGAGGGAGUUGGGAAUAUCACCUGGUAUGGCAGUAUUCAUCAUGGUGGGCCGUUUGCCGCCUCGCAGAACCAGCAGCUGGCGAGGCCAGGUGUUUUCAGCGCAUGGCUUGCUGCAUGUCAAGAGGUUGGCAACAAAGGCCGGAAAAUGACCUGUAAGUUGCAUCAGAAGGAUCCAAAAGACUUGGCUGAAAACGCGGCCGCUUUGGCUGGUUUAACCCAGCUGGACAAUCCUGGUCCAUCGGCCGAACCGGUCUUUCAACCGUCAACUGCCGCAAUUGAUCGGGCGAAAAUCAAUGAAUACAUCGGCCAGAUCCUUGCAACAUACUCUCCCAAACCGCGACUGAGUGGUAGCUCGGACAAGUCGGUCUUCGUCAACCCAGAGAAAACUCAUGAGUACUUUGUAAUCUCGAUGCGCGUGGCUGAGGCUUGGGGCAAAGCAAUGCACUUGUCCCCGGAAACCGUUGACUUACGGACCCCGCCCAAGACGCCGAUGUUCGACUACAUCACUGGCCCUCUCGAGUCCGACCCAACUCCUCCGUCCACUAUCCCCCAGCAGCCAGCUCCCCCCUACCCAUAUCCCCCUUACCCUCACGGGUAUCCACCCCCAAUGGGCUAUCAUCUGCAGUAUCCAUAUCAAGCGGCUGCACCUGCCACCCAAGGGCUUCCUCCUCCUGGGAGUCCCAGCCAAGACCGGAACCAGGUCCACGGCCCCGCUAAUGCUCAGCCGGACUCUUCCCCGGCGCCAUCAGACACUGAAGGCGAAGAUAACAUUUCCUCGUUUCUGUCUUAUGCUCGGGUCGACCCCAACAGCUCGGCCGUUCGCGACGGGUUGGCAGAAUUGGGCAUUACUCACUGGAGCAUGUUCAGGCAUGUCCAAGCCAGUGAGCUCAUGACGGCAGGGGUCCCAAUGGGACCCGCGAGGACUAUUGUUGUGGCAGCUAAACGGUACUCUGAUCGCUUGAAGAGCCGAGCGCGAGCCAGGCAGGCCUGAUCAAUCACCGACUGACACAUAUAAUCAUCAAAUCAAAUAGCGACCAAUAAUCAUCAAAUCAAAUGGCUACUGUUCUUCUUUCACUUACCGUACCUCACUGAACUUUGCUCGAUCCUGCUUCUCAAGAGUUGUACAUAGACUGGUCUCACUUAUCCUCGAUCGAUCGCCUUAUCGACUAUCAUCGCUUGUUAGCAGUAUCACCUCAAGCGCAUCGACCAACUUCAUCCUUGCUUGAUAGAUAGCGAUAGCAGCCUUUCAUCAUUUCUGGAUUGCUACCUUCCCCCUCGCUUGAUACCGGCCUUGUUACCUUCCUCCUCGCUUGAUACCAGCCUCAUAUGAUCACAUCCAUAUAAAUAGUCACAGCCCAAAAAACCCCAUAUGAUAUCUUAUUUUCUUCAUCAUUUCUUGAAUGCUACCUUACUCCUUGAUUGAUAGCGACCUCGGAUGCUCACAUCCUUGUAAAUAGUCACAACCAAAAAAAUGCCGUCUGGAAAUUUAUCUUCUUUAUUGAAGUCUUGUAAGUAGUCACCUUACAAUGGGGCCAUGCAUUCCAUGUUUGUCAUAUCAGACCGAUCCUGACUGUUAAGCCCAAGCAAUCGGUUCGCUGUCCGCUGCUCAACCAAUCCUGACUGUUAAGCCUAAGUGAUCGGUCCGCUGUUGGCUGGCUGCUCAGCAGCCAUGCAAUGCAUUACAUGUUUGUCAUCUCAUCACC